GGCGGGGGUCCCUCGAGGGCCUUAUUCUGAAGAGUUUCUCGCCGGGGCGGAAGUCGUCAAUAAAGACGCGGCGGCCUUAGGUGCUUGGUUUUCCGAUGAGACAGAGGACCAAAGAAGAAAAGUGAUCUUCCCAAAGUCACAGAAUAUUGGUAAAUCAGGUCAAGAACACAGGAUUGUAACUGCAAAGAACAGGGAGGGAUUUUUACAUAUUCUCAUAGGAAAGAGAUCGAAGAUCUUUACAAAUCUUGCUGGAAAAUGCCCAAAGUCAAAAGAAGCCGGAAAGCUCCUCCAGAUGGUUGGGAAUUGAUCGAACCAACACUGGAUGAACUAGAUCAAAAGAUGAGAGAAGCUGAAACCGAACCCCAUGAGGGAAAGAGAAAAGUGGAAUCGCUGUGGCCCAUAUUCAGAAUCCAUCACCAGAAAACGCGAUAUAUAUUUGACCUGUUUUAUAAGCGGAAAGCCAUUAGUAGAGAGCUCUAUGAAUACUGCAUUAAAGAAGGCUAUGCAGACAAAAACCUAAUUGCCAAGUGGAAAAAGCAGGGCUACGAGAAUUUAUGCUGCCUACGCUGCAUUCAGACCAGGGACACCAACUUUGGGACGAACUGCAUUUGCCGGGUUCCGAAAAGCAAGCUGGAAGUGGUAAUGCCUGAUGGCUGGACGGGAAUUAUUCUGUUUAAAGCUCUGCCUUACUUGACCAUAAUGGGUAUUUUGGGAAGGAAUUUUGUCAUUUGAAAUCUGUCUGCCAUCCCUCCCAAGAGGGAGUCCUUCUGAUCAGAAUCCUUUCCUAGUGAGAUGUAAGAUUGGUCUCAACACUACCUGUGGUCAAAUAACUGGACCAAGCCUCUUUUCUUAGGCAGUAGCUCUGAGGUGAUUGAAGGGCUACAUUGCGUGGGCUACUAGGCAACCUUUCUCUCUGGUUGCUACUAGGCAACCCUUCUCUCCUCUGGCCUCAUGGUGACAGUCUCUAUAUAUCUUCUGUCAGAACUUGGUUCCAAAGCAAGGAGUGGUGACUCAUGCUUUAAUCCCAGCACUGAGAGGUUUGAGACCAGCCUGGACUAGCGCUGAGAUCAUGUUCAAAAUAAUGAUAAUUAAUAAUGAUGAUGAUGAUGGCUUCACGGCUAGGCCAGGCACCUGGCAGUGGUGCUGGGGUAUAGUGGCUGAACUCUAGUUUCCAGGCCCUUGAAAUGGAAUACCAGGACAUUCAGGCCAGAAAGGCCACCCACUCAGCUUUCAUUCAGUGCAGAUGGCCUCAGCUC